AUGCCGAGCUGGGAGCAGAUUGGAACUUGUUCUCUGCAUUGUCUACGACAUGCCGGCAUUGAAAUGCCGGCAUGUCAAAUGAACCACAUCGCUCCCGAUGAUGGGUUUGGAAUCAACUCGUGGAACUGCAGCAGAGCGCUCGGCUCCCCGAUGAAUCUCUCAGGUCAACUGGCUACCUCAACCGUUACCAUGAGUUCGUUGAACUUUGACAAGCACUUGUCUGAGGAGGGCUCUUUCGUGGGCGAGAUCAAUGUCGACCGGUUCGACAAUGAUACCAUAUCCAAUGCCACGCCCGAAGAGGCAAACGAGAUGUGGAACAAUCCGUGGUAG